GGUGGUGUAUUUGGAGUUUUAGACAGAUAUGACAUUUUCUGUCAAUACCUAAGAAAGAAUUCUGUAUCCGUGGUCAUCUCUGUUGGGUACCGACUGGCACUCUGCUCUGCUUUUGAUGACUGUGUCAUGGCUACAGUUCACUUUAAGACGGCACAAGAAUAUGGAGUGGAUCCUUCCUUUGUAAUAAUAUGUGGUGACAGUUCUGGGGACAGUCUCACAGCUGGGGUUUGGCAAGCCCUUGUGGGUAGAUCAGAUAUUCCAAAACUUCUUCUUGCCCAAGUGAUGAUAUAUCCAGUGGUCCAGAUGGCUGACUUUAAUGUACCCUCACACCAGCAAAAUAAGAUGGUGCCUUUGUUGCCUCAAGAAUAUGCAGUAUACUACUUAAUGAUAUACAUUGGUGAUCUCUCAUUAUCAAAAGAAAUUAUAAAGGUCAGCCAUGUUCCUCCUGAAAUAAGACAGAAGUUAAGCAAAUGGUUGAGUUCUGAGGAGUUUAAAGUCAAAGGUUACAGACCACAUAACAUGGCGCCAUUUAAUAAAGACAUUUCUGAGAAAGUUAAGAAAGCUCUUGACCUUCCAUGUUCUCCAAUGUUCUCUGAUGAUGCAGACCAGCAACUACCAAAGGCCUACAUACUAAUGCGAGUUGAUGUUCUCCAUGAUGAUGGGAUAAUGUACAAGAAACGUCUGGAGGACAAUGGAGUCCUGGUGAUUUGGUAUCAUGUUAAAGAUGGCUUCCAUGGAGUUGUCAGCUUCCUUGACCAGCCUGAGGUGGUGUCUGGAAAGCUGGCUGUGGAUAAUGUUAUUAAUUAUAUUAGAAAUCUUUAA